AUGGCAAGAACAAAUAAAUGGACUGUUAGAGAAGCACAAGCUGAUCCAAAGUACUUCACUAAGUCGGGUAAUUUUGGCGAAUCUCCAAAUAAUGUUAAGAAGGGUGGUUCUGGUAAGUCUAAUUGGGGGACUGCAGGUGAUGAAAUUAAUGAUCUAAUUAAUUCUGGCGAGAUUCCACCAGUGUUCAAUAAACAGAGACGUGGUUCCAACACCCAAAGAAACGAAAGGAGAUUAUCAGAUGUUCAAAAUACACAUGAUUAG